AAACAUCAAACACAGGAGUCACGUAAUUUUUUUCCACUAAUAAAUAAUUUCAAAUUUGUCGUUAUGAGCGAUCAAAAGGAGGGAAAGGAUGACAAGGGAGCUGGUCAAGAGUCAAAGAACGAGCUGAAUGCACCACCGAAGGAACCACCUAAAGAUCCUGAAAAGGAAACAUUUCGACGUCCUUCAUCCGAAGAUGGUACAGGUCGCCAGCCUCCUCCCAGUCGAUAUAUCCAAACCACUGAGGACGACAAGAGUACCAAAUUCGAGAAGUGUGCCGUUUUCAUCUGCUGGAUACUUUUUCUGAUUGGGUUUCCCUUCUCCCUGUGCUGUUGCAUAACCGUGGUUCCCGAGUAUGCUAGAUUAAUUAUUUUACGCUUGGGUCGGCUGAGAAGGGGAAUUCGAGGACCAGGCUUAGUGUUCUAUUUCCCCUGCAUCGAUGAUGUGCGCGCAGUGGAUAUGCGAACCGAAGUAACUAACGUGAGACCGCAGGAUGUCCUCACAAAGGACUCGGUGACGAUCACUGUGAACGCAGUUGUUUACUAUUGCAUCUACAGUCCCAUUGACUCGAUUAUUCAGGUGGACGAUGCCCAGCAAGCCACGCAGUUGAUUUCACAGGUCACUCUAAGGAACGUCGUGGGAACAAAGACACUCAAUGUCCUUCUGACUUCGAGGCAGCAACUUUCAAAGGAAAUUCAACACGCGGUUGCUGAAAUUACAGCCCGCUGGGGAGUGAGAGUUGAGCGAGUUGACGUGAUGGAUAUUAUAUUGCCUUCCAGCUUGGAGAGAUCUUUGGCCAGCGAAGCGGAGGCUGUAAGAGAAGCACGCGCAAAAUUAAUUUUGGCUGAAGGAGAACUUAAAGCUUCGAAGGCUUUAAAAGAAGCCUCUGAUGUGAUGUCAGAGAACAAGAUCACACUCCAAUUGAGGCAUCUGCAGGUCCUGUCUUCGAUCGCCGCAGAGCGACGUGUCAGGAUCAUUUACCCCAUUCCUCUCGAGAUAAUGGAGCCCUUUUUGGAUAAAAGCAAGGACAAGGGAAAGGAUGAUGGUGGAGAUGGUGGUAAGGAUGGUGAAGGUAAAGAUAAAGGUGAUAAGAAUAAAGGUGGUAAGGAUAGUGACGGCAAGGAUAGUGCUGGCAAGGAUAGUGAUGGCAAGGAUAAAGGUGGUAAGGAUAGUGAUGGCAAGGAUAGUGAUGGCAAGGAUAGUGAUGGCAAGGAUAGUAAUGGCAAGGAUACUGGUGACAAGGAUACUGGUGGUAGCAACGAAACUCGAAAGGAAGGUGGUGAAGGUGAAGGCUUUUUGUCCCAUUUCUUUUUUAAUGAAAAAGUCGAACCAAAACCAAAAAUUGAGGAAGACGACGAGGGUGACCCAAAUGUACAAAACUCGGCAAAGACCGAUAAAUUAUUAUUAAGUGAAAAUAAUGAAACACGCCAUUCAAUUAAUGCAGAUUUGAGCAAUCAGAGACCUACAUAUGUCGCUGUGAAUAUGGAUUCAAUCAAACCUAAACUUUCGGGCUCUUUUGCCACGGAUGGCAGUGCCAGGGCGAGGGAAACGCCAAGAACAUCGCAGCGGCCAGGUCGAACCGGCGGCCUGGCGUUUAUGGACCUGCAAUCUUAUCGGGACUUCCUGCGAACUCGUUGGUAAUCAGCCGGCGGCUGGCAGUCUCCUGGCAGCAGGACAAUGGGAAGGCCAAGCGUGAAAUGAGCAACAGUCACGUCAACCAAUAGGGCCACAAACUUGAUUGAAGGGCAUUAUCCCAGCUCCCAGCUCCCCAGCUUCAUCCAGUGGAGCGACAUUGACACUGCCAUUGAAUGGCCUCCAAGCGUUUUUUGUGACACGAUAAAAAAAUAGCUGAAUA